GGAAGGAAGGAAGCUAGGAAGGAAGGAACAGACGAAAGAGACCUGCGCGCACGCGCAGACGUUCUCGCGCACACGCGCACUCUCGCUCUCCUCUCUCUUUUGGCGGAGCCGCGGGAGAAAGAACCGGGGAGGGAAGAAUGAGGAAGAGGUCCGCUGCGCCGCGCGCCUCCUCUCAGCGAAUGCGGGUUUGCUGAUGAAGCGCCGCUCCGGUCAUCCGAUCACACAGGUCACUCAGGUCGCGCUGCAUGGAAACGAGGAGUAGGCAAGAAGAGCAAAAGAUAAGGGCAACAAAUAAGGGGUGGAAAAAAGAAAACAACCCAACCCAGUGUGCAUGGGAAUUCGGACUACUCUUCCCUCCCUUUGUGCGUCUCGGUGGUUGGAUACGCUGUCUUGACUAGCGUAUAAGAGCUCCCUGCGUCUCCAUUACCGUUCCCCACUACGGGCUUUACCUCCGCCACCACUCCUCCUCCUCCUCCUCCUCCUGCUGCUGCUGCUUUUACUCCUUCUACUUGCUCGCAUCGCAGAGAAGCCGCUUUACUACUUCACUACGAACCGUCAACUCCGGACUGAGAAGGUUCAACAUUCCCAUUAACCUUCAGCUCCUGGUCCCGGUCUCGCCAUCAACAUGGGCUUCAGGUGUCACUCCUCUGCCCUGUCUCCUGUGCUGAGACUCGCGGUCGUUACUGUGAUCCUCCUCCUCAAACCCCGGAGCGCGCUGGCCGGUACCGCUCCUGAGCACAGCCUGGGCAGCUCCGUUUCGGCGGUGUCUACAAACAAAACUGAAUGCAGCAAGGCUGAGCAGUGCACAAACGGGGUAAUGCUGCCCGUCUGGGAGCCGCGAAACCCGUCCUUUGGAGAUAAGGUCGCCAGGGCGACGGUUUACUUUGUGGCUCUGGUCUACAUGUUCCUCGGCGUGUCGAUCAUCGCGGACCGCUUCAUGGCAUCGAUAGAGGUCAUUACGUCACAGGAAAAAGAGAUCACCAUCAAGAAGCCCAACGGAGAAACCACCACAACGACGGUCCGGAUCUGGAACGAGACGGUCUCCAACCUCACCCUCAUGGCGCUGGGGUCGUCCGCUCCAGAGAUCCUGCUCUCCGUCAUAGAAAUAAUAGGGCACGGGUUUGAGGCCGGCACACUGGGCCCCUCCACUAUUGUGGGUUCGGCGGCGUUCAACAUGUUUGUCAUCAUCGGGCUGUGCGUGUACGUUGUGCCCGACGGCGAGACGAGGAAGGUCAAGCACCUCCGAGUCUUCUUCGUCACGGCAACCUGGAGUAUCUUUGCCUACAUUUGGCUCUACCUGAUCUUGUCGGUGAUCUCCCCCGGCGUCGUGCAGGUCUGGGAAGGCCUGCUCACUUUCCUCUUCUUCCCCAUCUGCGUGGUGUUUGCCUGGGUGGCAGACCGCCGCCUGCUGUUCUACAAAUACGUGUACAAGCGCUACCGCACCGGCAAGCAGCGUGGCAUGAUCAUCGAGACCGAGGGGGAUCGUCCGCUUCCCUCCAAGGUGGACAUUGAGAUGGAUGGAAAGAUGCUGAAUUCUCAUGGUGUUGACUUCCUGGACGGCCCACUGGGUUUGGACAUAGACGAGAAGGAUCUGGACGAGGAGGAGACCCGCAGAGACAUGGCCAAGAUCCUGAAGGAGCUCAAACAGAAACACCCCGACAAGGAGGUGGAACAACUCAUUGAACUUGCCAACUACCAAGUGCUGAGCCAGCAGCAGAAAAGUCGAGCUUUCUAUCGUUGCCAGGCCACCAGACUCAUGACGGGCGCCGGCAAUAUUCUGAAGAAACACGCUGCGGACCAGGCCCGAAAGGCGGUCAGCAUGCACGAGGUCCGCUCCGACGCCGGCGACAACGAUCCCGUCUCCAAGAUCUUCUUCGAGCCGGGCUCCUACCAGUGUCUCGAAAACUGCGGCACGGUGGCUGUGAACGUGGUGCGGCGAGGCGGUGACCUGGGCAAGACCGUUUCUGUGGAGUACCGGACGGAAGAUGGCACGGCCAACGCCGGCUCCGACUACGAGUUCACGGAGGGGGUCGUCAUGUUCAAGCCGGGCGAGACCAUGAAGGAAAUCCGCGUGGGCAUCAUCGACGACGACAUCUUCGAGGAGGACGAAAACUUCCUCAUCCACCUCUCCAACGUCAAGGUGCUGACCUCCGAAGGUGAGGAGCCGGAGGAGAACGAGUCGACCAAUCACGUGGACUCCGUGGCCUGCGUCGGCAUACCGUCGACGGCCACCGUCACGAUAUUCGACGACGACCACGCCGGUAUCUUUACGUUCGAGGAACCCGUCUGCCACGUCAGUGAGAGCGUUGGCACAAUGGAGGUGAAGGUGCUGAGAACGUCUGGAGCUCGCGGUGUGGUCAUGCUGCCCUACAAGACUGUGGAAGGGACUGCAAGGGGCAACGGGGAGGACUUCGAAGACGCACACGGCGUCCUUGAAUUUCAAAACGACGAAAUCUUUAAAACCAUCAAGGUGAAAAUAAUUGAUGACGAGGAGUAUGAGAAGAACAAAGCCUUCUACAUCGAGAUCGGAGAGCCUCGCCUGGUGGAGAGCAAUGACGCCAAAGGUCAAGAAGAGGAGGAAAAGCCAAAGGCAGAGGGGGAGGAAGAGGAGCCCCUGACAGGGAAAGAUGAAGAAGAGCGACGUAUAGCAGAAAUGGGCCGUCCCAUGCUGGGAGACCACGUCAAACUGGAGGUCAUCAUUGAGGAGUCGUACGAGUUUAAGAACACGGUGGACAAGCUGAUAAAGAAGACCAACCUCGCUCUGCUGGUGGGAACCAACAGCUGGAGAGACCAGUUCAUCGAAGCCAUCACUGUCAGCGCAGAUAUGAAAAACACGCCAUGUCACCUCUACGGAUGUGAGGACGAUGACGACGAGGAGUGCGGCGAGGAGAAACUACCGUCGUGCUUUGACUACGUCAUGCACUUCCUGACCGUCUUCUGGAAGGUUCUGUUCGCCUUCGUCCCGCCCACCGACUACUGGAGCGGCUGGGCCUGCUUCGUCGUGUCCAUCUGUAUGAUUGGACUGCUCACUGCUGUCAUCGGGGAUCUGGCAUCUCACUUUGGCUGCACCGUGGGCCUCAAAGACUCCGUCACAGCAGUCGUAUUUGUGGCACUGGGAACGUCUGUGCCAGAUACAUUUGCCAGUAAAGUUGCAGCCAUACAAGACCAGUAUGCAGACGCCUCCAUUGGCAACGUGACAGGCUCCAAUGCCGUCAACGUGUUCCUGGGCAUCGGGGUGGCGUGGUCCAUUGCUGCCAUCUACCACAACAGCAAGGGCCACGAGUUUAAGGUCGACCCCGGCACUCUGGCUUUCUCCGUCACACUCUUCACCAUAUUUGCCUUCAUCUGUGUCGCCACCCUGAUGUACCGGCGGCGGCCAGAGAUCGGCGGGGAGCUCGGCGGGCCCCGGACUGCGAAGGUCCUGACCACCAUGCUGUUCUUCAGCCUGUGGCUUCUCUACAUCCUCUUCUCCUCACUGGAGGCCUAUUGCCACAUCCAAGGCUUUUAAGAGAGCGAGCGGAAGAUCCCGAAGAGAAGGGUGGGACAGAAGAACCGGAAGGAUAGAAGAAAGGGAAAAUAAUGGAAUGGAUUCUUGGAAAUUUAAGGUUGUCUUGUUGAUCUAUUACUCCUUCCCUCAGUGCAAUACGUUAAAUGACAAAUGAAUGGAUGUAUGUACAGGUGAAGGACUUUCAGACGCGCUCAAGAAUCUAAAAACGUAGUGAAAGGAAGCAAAGGCGGGCGGAAGAACAUUAUACUUGAGAAUUAAAGCCACUACAGAAAUUACUCAACUGAUGGCAAAAAGUAAUACAAAACAACCCCAACAUUUCUCCCCUUACUCCACAAAUCCUCACGCAUCACGCUGUCUUGACCAAAUGACAAAUGUCUUUCCCUCCAGAUAAAUCAGACAUAAUCCAAAUAUCCAACGCGAUCAUCAGUGCUCCAAGUGUGACGAUGUGGCCUAAACAGGAGACCUCCGCAAGUUGGAGCAUUGAUUUUCUCGUGUCCGGCUCCAAAAAAAUAAAAAAAGAAUUUUUAAAUGUCAGCGCGAGCAUAACACAGUAAGAACAAACCGGAUUCUCGACCACAUCCAAUUAUCGACGGCCAUCUGUGUGUUUCUGCAGGAGCAUGAGGGCGUGUUGGUGUGCUUAGGACGAUGGUGAACUACUGUGAAAAAAAAAAAUUAAAAAUGCCUCUCGUUUUUGCUGUUGCUGCGUAAGACGAACAUGCUAUUGUACUUGAGGUCCUCUUGACUCUCGCGGCUUGUAGAAAAUGCUGAAUCGGGGAUUUCUGUUCUGGGAGUGGGGGGCCCCCGUCACGUGUGGCGAAACGUUGAUCAUCGCCGGGGCGGCACGUGUAAAUACUCUGAGGCAGACGCACAUUUCAAUUCCAUCGAUUUGGUUCUGAAUGUCUUGGUCAACGCUGCACGCCUCGACCCCCGCCGAAGGGCCCUCCGUUUUUGUUGCUUUAUACUGUAGAUGCAAAUGAUUUAAGGUCCUUUCUCAAUCAAAGUUGGUGGUGGGGGUUAAUGUGCUUUUACCUUUAAUAAGGCCACGUCUGAGAAGACGCACCGGCCACUCUACCGUUGAAAACUGUUAGAGAAACCAUAGUCGUCGCAUUAAUAUCAAAGUUAAUCUUCUAGAUUUGUUUUUUUUUUUUUUUCCAACUCUGUGGGAGCGUCUUAUUUGUCCACAGUUGAGAUUUCCGCAACCAUAUUUCAGUGAAAUCAUUGAAAAUCAUUCAUGCAAAUAUCUGCAAAACCUGAUGGACUUUCUGUCGAAUCUGUUCGACGGUUCGACUCUCUAAACAAGUUCGGACAACAAUCCCGUCUCCUAAGGAACCCGCUUGUUCGGUGAACUAUUUGAAUACUUCUAAUAUCAAGGGCUUUGUUACAACAAAACGCUAAUUCCUGAUUCCGGCUUUGGGUUUAUCAUUCUUAGACGUACAUUGGUCAACGGUGAGGAGCGAUGUCACAUGAUGAUGGACGGAGUUUAGCUACAAGGCAGCGGCCAUUUCUUUCUUGCGUGUCUAAUUUUUGAGACCGAAUAUUUAGUUCAAACAUAAAAGCCGGUUGAUAGAAGAAACAACGGCUAAUGCACAGUUUUAAUAACCAGGUUGUUGCCUCGUAAAGGUGAUGAUGAUAAAUAAUUUCAGCAUGAGGUGUUUAUAUGUUCAGACUGUUGGACAUAAGACCUUUAUGUCUCCGAUUCACUGGUAAAAUUCUAAAAACAGAAGAAAAAAAAAAGUCCAGUUUUACUUAAUAAUGUAGGACCCAAAUGCUUGUCCAAUAAAUUCUGUUAGUACUUUGACGAAAUUUGAAAUUUGGCACACUUCUAAGGAAGCUUAAGAGAAAGAUUUCAUUGGCUGAUUGCAGAGGCAGUGGUCCAAAUGGCAAAAAAAAAAAAAAAACUUUAAAGCGUUAGCUUUACUGUCCGUUCAUUCUACCUACCAGACUUUGCAAAUCUCAUCCAAAACCACACAUUAAAACGAUGACCAUUCGAUGUUGGUGUUAAACUUCACAUCAAAAAGAGGAGCCCGAAAUAUUAAUAAGCCUAAUUUGACUGUGAGAAGUUUAGACUUCAGACUGUUAUUUUAUUUAUUCAGCUACAACCAUAAGGAUCUCAGUGUAUACACUCUUGUACUAUAGCACUACUGUAUGCAACUUAAUUGGCAAGUAUUUCCCAUGUGAGAUUUUUUUGUUUUGUUUUUUUUAGUCGAUGUACAAUAACCAGUAUUUUAAACUUUAUCUGUAAAAUAAUUAGUCCGGUCUAGAUGUAAACCGUUGUAAACUUAGGAGUGAUUUUUUAUUUUAUUUUUUUUUGUCGAUGCCAGUGAGAGUGGAGUGGAGGCAUUCAUUGGAUGUAAAUCCAGAAACUUUUGAAGGACAAUACAAACGUUCCAAGUUUUAUGAAAUAACUGAGUAGAGUUGUAGGCAAUUAGCUGACAGUAGAGGACAUUUGAUGGGAUAAAGAUCCUACAACCUGGCUCACACAGCCACUUGUGUUCGUGAAACAAAAUGGCGGAGAAAAAAGAUACAAAAACCAACCCAACUCUGGAAUAUGGAAAGCUCUGCAUUAGACAGCAGGUGUCGUAUGAAGCCUUUGGAGUGGCAGUUUACCCCUAUUUUGCCAAAGGGACAUCUUUCUAUCAGAAAUAUUUGUAACCCAUCCAGUAAAUGGUUUUCUAAUCAACAUCUCUUUCCAAAAACACCAAAUAUACUAUCACAUUUCUUUAAGGAGCUGCAGGAAAUGGGUGUUGUUUAAACCUUUCCAGGUCGAUUUUUAUGUAUUUGUCUCUUCACUGGCAUGGAGCUGAAGGUUUAUACACUGUAAACGACUUAAAAUGAAGUUAUGCUAGCACGUGCAAAAACACACACACAAAAAAAAACCCCAACAAAACAUGUAAAAAGCUGCAUUAACUUUAAAUGACUUCAAGACAUGAAUUUUCUUAGACGCUGCAGAGAGUCUACAGCAACGAAGCACUUGCAGCAAUGCAGCUUUUUUUUUUUUUAUUGUUUUUUUUUGUUGUUGUUGCACAAUUUUAGCAGAAGCAAACGUCUUUCUUUGGCUGAAAGGCGAGCGCUCUCUCUUGCAACACCAGCAUCGUUGCACACAGUUUCAUCUAUGCCCACUUUGACUGGCGGCCUUGGCUAACGUGAAGCUAAUGGGAGCGGUUCACACCAUCAGAGCGAGGAAGCUAAUUUACUGGCUAGAAAAUGUUUAGCGGCAACCAGCAAAUCUGUAAAUACCAAAUGGGCUGUUUUUUUUUUUCUUCUUCUUUCUUUUAAUUUAUUCUUCUAUUUUCUUAUUGAAUAAUUGCAAUAGCUCUCGAGUUUGCUUCUCGGCCAGAACACAAAACAAACGUGCUGCAGGCUGCAGUCAUUUUUGGGCUUUUUGUUUUUGUUUUUUUUUGGUUUUUUUGCUUUUCAAUAGUAAGAUUUUAAUAUGAAGGAGAAAACCUUGCACUGCUUCAUGUUGCCAAGCGAAACGGCCGCAGAACCGAUUCGCGAGCGCAGCUGCUUUUGCUGUAAACAAGAUUUUUUCAAAUAUUUUGUUCUGACUGAUUUACACAGUAAUUACAAUGUUCUUGUUAAAAAAUAAUAAUAAUAAUAAUCCAGUGGUGUCGAAUCAGUUGUUAACCAUUAAUAAUGUUGCUACUAAUGUAAAAGUUGAUACGUCUCUGUUGCCUAAUUCACUCCUUAACUUGACCGACUGUCUGACGGACUGAGAAAUAAAUACAUGCAACACUGGACAGUCAAAGGAACGAGGGGGGAGAAAGGACGGGAGGACGGACGCCCCCCUCUGGCGGGAGACGAGCAAAGACAUGUCCUGCUGGGAUUUCAAGAAGAAAAAAAAAAUACAUCAAUCAAAAGAAAGUUACCAAGAGUUAUUUUCUACCUUUAAAGUAACGUUUAACAAAUCAAACUGCGGGACGCUAACGAAGAGAAGACAGAACGAAACAACAACAAAAAAAAUAUAUACGUGGAGGAACAAAGGUGGAAAAUAAAAUAAAUAAAUAAUGAAGUUACAGCCAUACAUUGAUUUCUGGGCCAGUUGAGACAACGGACUCCUUCUGCCCAGCAUGUGUAUUGUUACGAAGUCUUAUCUGUCCUCGUGUGUUUUCAUUCCCUUCCUCCUUCUUUCUUUCUAAAUGUCCUGCCAGAAGUAACCAAAAACAGGCAGUAGUCUUUGUUCAAUUUCCUCCCCAGAAAAAGCCACCGUUUCCCCCUAUGCCAAGUUUUCCAUGUUUUGGAAUGUCGAUGUGCUACUUGUUGACACUGUGCAUGAAUGAUGACAUGCCUGUACAUAGUUAUAGAGAAUCGUAUCCCAUUCCUAUGGUGUUUGACGGGAAGAAGUCUGAAUGUUGUACAGAUUUUGGAUCUUUCCGUUGAUCUUCUUCUUGGUUACCGGUUUGGUGUAGAGCUAACUUUUGGUUUUUUUUGUUUGUUUGAUUGUUUUUUGGUUUUUAGUUUUUUUGUUGUUGAUUCAAACAAAGCUGCAGAGUCUCUGAAUGAAUUGCACAUUAUCAUUAACCGAGAUUUAUGUUUUUAAAAAAAAUUAAGUAGAAAAGGCAAUAUCUGCUGUUAUUGAAUGAGAGAGGAGAUAACGGAGUUGUAUAUCUUAAAUCUAUAUGACAGUUGCAUGGGUUAUUUGUAAAAAAUAAAAAUAAAACCUUUAAAAAAAAAAAAAGAAAGAAAAUGGGGGGCAAGAGGGAAGAAAUACAUGGCUUGCUACUUUUAAUACCAUGGCUGUAUUCUGACAGAUGAAGAAUACUGUAUGUACAUCUAAAUGUUAUUUUGUCUUUAAAGAAAUCAUAUUGUGUAUAUACUGUACAGUGUUAUGAGUGGGAUGACCUAUAUGGCCAUACGCUAACCAUAGAGAAUUAAUUCAACAUAUUUAUUUAAAACGGAAGGACACUCGCUACACUCAAGAAUGACAUAUAUUGCCUUUUUGGAGAAGUUAAAAACUUGUAUUUUUCUCUGCCUUGUUUCUCCUUUCCACCAACUCGGAUCUCUCUCUCUUGGGUUUGUUUUCCUUCACUCGACUGUCUUGUUUCCUGCGCCCUUCAUUUUCCAGCCGGGUGUUGUUGUCGUUUUUGUGUUUGCCGUCGAUAUCAGGCCGCGUCGCGUUUCCUUCAUGCCUGGCUGCUUUCCACGCCGACUCAGCAGUAUCUCCACUGCUGACUCCCACCCACCCGAUUUUUCUGUCUUGUACCCCUUUAUCUAGUUACGCACAACAUGUCCUGCAUGUGUCCUCAAUGGUCUUUCUGUCUCAAAGAGUCGCUCAUCUGUACUUAAGAACCCCAUCUGUCUUAUUUUGAACCAUCUGUUCGAUUCCUUGGUUGCUAAAGCCUUCCGCGUUCACAUUUCAUUUUUAAUCCCUCAAAUUGCCUCUUUCUUUAAUGCACUCUGCCUUGUCCUUCUUUUGCCUCUCCCACGGUGUAGUCGGAGAAACUUCACGUUUGCUGAUUUGGUGUGUGUGUGUUUUCUUUCUUUUCUUUUCUUUUUGGGAAAAUGGAACAAUAACACAAGUUAGGUUUGCAAUAAUCUUUCUUUUUUUUUUCCUUCUUUGAUUUAUAAUUCCUAUAUGCCUCGUUUCUUAAUUGGCAUGUAUGUGUGUUUUCAAUUUUUGUUAGGCAGAAAGUUGUUCUAUAUGUGUGUCGCCACUAACUGUGACUGCUCUCCAUGGUACUUCUGAUAAGUCCAGUAAAAUAAAGUUUGGGAUACCCAGUUUCAAAGACA